AUGCCUGCUCCUGUUCUUCACGUUAUCUAUGCUGGCCGUGGCGAUGCCAUGAUUCUUGAAUGCGAUGACUACAAGCAAGCCGGCAGGCGCAAUUUCAUCCUCGUUGAUGGUGGCCCCAAAAACUACGACGCUUAUGGCGCGGCACGGGAAGCCCCGUACCAUCGAUACCUCUCGUCUGCCUGCCGACAAAUCUUGGGCAAUGGCAACAAUUUCGCUGGUAUUAUCUUUUCACAUCCCGACGAGGAUCAUUAUGGCGGCUAUCUGCACUCCUUACAAGGCGGCGUAUUUCCCAGCGACAAUGUGUUUGUCCCAAAUGUCAUGUCCGACACGGACAACGCCAACAAGCCGAUAGACGACAUCUGCGUCAAAACCAAUAUGCGAAAAGUAGCUCCCCAUCCUCAGGAUCAAUUCCCGGAUUACUUGAUUCCUCCAGUCAAAGCCAUAUUUCCCUCCAGACCGGGAAUUGUAUGGUACUAUGGGGGUACAGACCGUGACGAGGCGCAUGACCUACAGUUCAACCGCAAAAUGACAACGAACAAACGCAGCAUUCUUAUGUACACUGUCACACCCAAUUCGGUCGGAGAGAUGGGGAUAUUCUUCACAGGAGACAACCAUGCCGACAUAAUCUCUCCGCAGAUAGAGGCUGCGUUCCCAUUCGAACAUCGAAGAUUCGCAAUCUACAAGAUACAGCACCACGGCUCGCUCGCCGACAACAUGAAACAGUUCUCCGAGCCGCUGUACUCUAACGAAGUCAAGGCCAUAGGCUUCCUCUACUUUCUUCUCAAGGUCCAUCGCGGAACUGCCUAUCUCCCCUACAAGAAAACCACUACAGACGCAGUCAAGCAUGCUGCCAAGCACUUGAGUACGAAGAUCGUGUCAAGGUACACUAUGAAUGCGCUUUUUACCAGUCUUGGAACUGUGGUCAAAGAGAUUCAGAAAGAUAUGUUGGCAAACCUGAAUCCGCCUGUAGAGAAAGAGGACAGGCUCUAUAUCGGUUUGCAACCUAGUAACCUCGCCGAUGCACGAAGUGCCAAGGACUAUUUGGACAAGCUUGACGAGGAGCUUGGCAAACGCAGGACUCAGCACCUGAAGAAAUGGAAUAGUUUUCGGAAAAAGCAUAUGACCGACGAGUUCCUGACGUAUAUGCAUGUUCUCUGCGUCGUCAAAUUCUACGCAAGCUUCGUGGCAGAUGUAUAUGUCGUCAGCGCCAAUCGAAGGAACAACCACCCUCGAUCCGAAGUACUUGUUGGACUGGCGCUCGCAGUCAAAUACCAGAACCGCAAAGCCCGGUUAUACGUUACAAGCGGCAACAGUCUCGACGUCGACGAGCUAGCUAGGGUCGCACACGUGGUGGGCACGGAUACAGUCAAAGAACUCUUCUGUGGACAGUAUCUCAGGAUCUCCUAUAUGAGCCGCGGUUCAUACAUGUCCCUGAGUGGCAAAUCUCGCGGCAUACAUGAGGACCCGAUAAUCAAUCGCGAGGCUGCCAAUAUGACACAGGAGAUCAGGAUUUCGAACAAUAACAUUCAGGUCGAUCUCAGAACUAAGCUGAAUGUCUUGCUUGAGCAAACUGACCCUAGUCGUAUUCUGAGCACACGGAAGUACCAAAUAAGGAGCUUUGUGAAUAACGCUUGGCGGUAUCUGUACCUUGAAGCUGACAACACUGAACUGAAGUGGGAUAUCGCGAAUAACCCACAGUUUAUCUGGAUCGACACACGAGACCUAACGAUUACCAACAACCGACAAUUCGCAAUAAGAUGUCGAACAGAGAAGUUUGGCAUCACUUCUAGAAGAUUUACGUGUUCAUGGGCCAGAACUGUCAACGGGUGGGAUUUCUACUACAUUGAAGAUACUAUCUCCGGCGAGAAAUUGCAUGAUGCCCCUAAUGGCGAUAUCGACUUUAGCACGAAUCCUACCCAAGCUGCGUUGGCUGAAGUCCGUCUCGAACUUGCCCCAGCACAGUUCUUACCAGAGACUAAUUCUGUCCAAGCAAAACUGUCCGGAGAUCUGGUAGACAGUGCAAGUCUUGUCGAAACCCUUCCACCGCCCCAAUUCAACAUUCCAAUAGGAGCAGUGGCCUUCAGCUCUCAGCAUUCACUCCGCCAGGCAUUCGAGAUCCUCAACGACUCGAUCAAAAACAAAGCGAAACCCAACAUGAUCGAAACGCUAACUUGCUUGUAUAAAGACAAGGAUGCAUUGAUCACAGUCCUCCAAAGACUCCCAGAGGCGCUCCUCAAGAUUGGAUUGGCUACUUUCGAAGUCGAUCUUGAUGAGUCUACAGCUACCAUUGACUCACAUCCCCUUGAAGAAAAGGUUAUUGGGAGCGCUGUCUUACAUCGAGCAAAGGAUGAAGAAGGAAAAGUCAAUGCUGUUGAUAUUGAAAUGGCAGGAUUCGGGUUUCAGCUCAAGGAUAUUGUUGCCAAGGUUGAAAAUUGUUGUUCUCCGCAGGUCCAUCUCACCGUCGAGUCCGAAGUCACUUUGAAGGAAAAGGGUCUAGAAUUCAAGAUGGCUUGGAAUUCGUCAUACAAGGAGACCGUCAUGUCUUUCAGCUCCAGCGUGAUCGCCUUAGAGGAUCUCGUCAUCGCUCUGGUCGGCACCAAGAUCGACCCCAAGAAGAUUCUGCAGGGGGACAUCCCUCUCAUGGGCAAGUCCUCAGACAGCAAUUCUGCACAAUCCAUAAAGAGCAUGCAGGCGGGAUCAAUGUCCAGGAUAGGGUUCUCUCUCAGGCAGCCGAUUGAUUCGGUGGACACAUACAACUUGGCCGAUAUCUGGGUACGCACCGAGUCCUCAGAUUGGCAGGACUUCUUGCCAAUGACCAAUAACUUUAAAAAAGUCAAGAGUGAAGUUUUACUCCGUGUACUGGAUCCCCUGCACUGGGAAACAUCGAGGAUAGCUACGAGUGUCCAAUUAUCCAUGCCACUCCCAAGCAAUUCCAAGAGGAGUAUCACAGCACAGUUUGAUGCUAUACCCUUAGCCAGAGUGGGUGAAUACGAUUAUCGAUUCCAGAUUACCUCUGCUGAUCACGGAGUCACGGUUACUGAUAUUGUCGGCGCCGUUGGCUUCACCAGUGUCUCAGAGAAGAUCAAAGCAAUGCCUGUGCUGGACCAUGUUUUCGAGGCAGUAGAAGUCAAAGAGGCUGGGUUUUCUGUAGUGAAUACUGACAACAAAUGGCAAUUCCGGGAGUGGGACUUUGAGCUGUGCAUUCCCUAUUUUGAUCUCAUUCCUGGUUCUCUGUCAUUGAUAGACACAGUGAUAAGGGUCGAAUGGUAUGGAGACGGGGAUAUGCAGGCAAAGGGAGAAGCUGUCUUUCGAAGUGGGAAACUUCAGAAGGAGGCAAAGCUCUCGCUUGGGCUCCCAACCACAAAAGAGCUUGGGUACAUCAUAGUUUCUUCCCCCGAUGCCAUUAGCCUGGCCGAUGUCUUUGAUAUCUUCGGGCUCGGAACUUUGCCAAGCAUUCCGUUCCUGAAUGGAAACAGCGCAAUGGAGUUGGUGUACUGCGAUGCAAAGUUUGAGCAAUCUGACACUGGAAAAGUCUCGAUCCGUUCAUCGACCGCCAAGUUUCUGAGAGACGAGCUAGAGGUUGAAAAGUUCAAGCUGCAAGAUGUCGAGUUCUCGCUUUCAUGGCAAAAUGGACAAAAGGCGGAUGGGGACAACAAGGUUGAAUCGACCAUCUCCUUUCAACUAUCAGCUUUGCUGCAGAUAAAGAACAUCAAGUCCGUGAUGUCGGUCAAGUAUGACGGCGAGAGGAAUGAAUUGACGGCUUCUAUUACACCGGUCCAGGGAUUUCCUAUGAAGGCUUUGGAUGUGUUGAGUCUUCUGAUUCCUGGAGUCGAUAGUGCGCUCCACACGAGGCUUGGCAACUUGGAGAUCAAGAUUGUAGAGAUGUCUCUGGAUCUAAGCACAGGCUCACCGUCUUCUUUCAAGCUAGAGAUGAAGGAUGAUGCAGCUAUCAAACUCCCCUCAGCCACAGACACCACGCCUUUUAGUGUGGGCUCAGUCAGAGUAGAGUAUACCAAAGAGGCGAGCAAGCUUGACGUGUUUGCUGCGUUGAUGAUUGGAGGCAUUCAAACAAGCGUCAGCCUUAGGACCUUCACAAACUCAACAUCUGAGGAGCGUUGCGUCGAGUUCGGUAUCGUACUACAGAAGGGUCAGAAGGACCUUGGGCUAUUGGCUCUCCUUGCCGCGGUCGGAAUUGACAACGUCGACAUACCACGACCAGAAGGAUGUCCAGAAUUCACCGUUGGCAUGGCUAGGAUCAACGGCAGGUUUGUUGAUAAGGACAAGUCUGGUCUGAAAUUUGCACAGCUGAGCGUGCGCAUCGAGUUAGCCAGAAUUUCCAUGUCUGACUGGGAUAUGUCUGUGGAUUAUCUCUACCUUGACGUUGACUACAAUAAGGCUAGUGUUGAUAAACCAUUCUCAGCAUUGGUCUCGGGCAAGCUUACAGUUGCCGGUUCUGCAGAGAUGAAGAUCAACUACAUCGAUGCAAAGGAUGUUUUGGAGCUCCAAGCCAAACUGCUUCUCAUCAAGGUGGAAGAAGUAAAGGUUAAAUCGAUCUUGGAAUGGCUAUCUGUGGACUCAAUCGAAGACUCUCUACCCUCUUUCAUUUCAGAGGCAGUGAUCGAUGUAAAGUCGUCAAAUCUUGGAAUGUCACUCAGCCGUCAUAAGGGAGACCAAACUUCUACUAUCACAGUUUCCCUGAGCUUCACCGCGGGAUCUGUAACUGUUCAACUUGCAAGAACGAGAACUCGACCGGAUGGCGCAAAGAAGAAGGACAAACUGCCAUGGAAAACAAUCCUAAGACUUGCAGUCAACACGCUACCAAGACCACCGCCGUUACCUCUGAUUGGCCAGAUGGAACAGCCAUUCUCUACUCAAAUCUACUGGACCAACAGUGACAUCACGAUAGCCGAGGUUGGCAAGUUGAACAGUCUUGCUACUUUCAAGGGACAGGAACUCCUUCUAUCUAGUCGAGCAGCAAACGAUUCUGCUUUCGGUCAGGGUUUGUCAUUCUUGCUGCUGAACAACGGCGAUAUCAUCCUUGCCUCCAAGCCCAGGAAAGCCAAGAAGAGGGAUGGCACUUCAGGCAAGGCAAUGCUGCUUCUGGAAGAAGAAAGUCCAGAAUCUCAAGAAACAACGAAAUUCGACAAGAGGGUCAACGGCGUUACUAUCACAAACGUUGGGCUUGACUAUGACGCCAAAGGGCAGAAGAUCAAAGUCAAGUUCACAGCCCGUAUGACCGUUGGCCCGAUGGACGGUGAAUUGAUCAACUUCAGUAUGAUCAUAAAGCUGCCACGAGGCGAAAGGAUAGACUUGACCGAUUGGAGGAAUCUGGACAUUGAUAUGGGUCUCGAUGGACUGUCCCUAGCAAUGACAGGUUCCAACCUCAAUGUCGCUGGCACUUUGCACCGCAUCAAAGUCGAGGGAGACGACAUCUCUAUAACAGGUUUUGAAGGUGGAGUCAGUGUCAAGCUCAAGAAGUACCAAUUUGUCGGUUUUGGCUCUUACAAAAGCGUCAAGACCAAACAGGAAGAGUUUGUCUCUCUCAUGGCCUACGCCUUGCUGAAGGGUCCAAUGCUCAAGACAGGUCUUGUUGAACUUUCCGGCAUCAGUGGUGGCUUUGGAUUUGGAUCGAAACUCGAGAUCCCAUCUAUCACUGAGAUUCACAAGUUCCCGCUGCUUGUAGAUCCUGAUACUGAUCCGAUGGUCAUGUUUGAUAGGCUUCGUGGGACAGGUGACACAAAGUACAUGACGGAGACGAAUGGUGCAAACUGGGUUGCGGCUGGUGUCUUGGGCACAGCCUGUGAACUUAUCGACGUUAGAGCUGUCUUGACAAUACCACUGGAUCCUAGUGCCGGCGAGUUGGCUAUUGUGGGUACAGCGUCUGGUCAGUUCCCCCGAGAUGCAAAACCCGGCAAAGCACUUGCAGCUAUCAAGAUCAAUUUCCAAGGAAGCAUCGACAUGUCUCGUGGCUCCAUGCUUUUCCAAGGCCGGAUAGCCGAUGGAUCAUUCAUUCUAUUCGACGACUGUGUCCUCACUGGAGGAUUUGCAGUAGGAGCGUGGUUCGGCACCAGUCCUCAAGCUGGAGAUUGGUGCAUCAGCAUUGGAGGCUGGCACCCAGCUUAUCAGCCACCAGAUCACUAUCCCAAAGGCUUACCACGCAUGGGACUCUCAUGGACCUAUGGUAAAGACAAGUGUCUAUCACUGUCCGGACAAGCCUACGCCGCUGUUACACCUGAGGCGCUCAUGGGCGGAUUGGCAGUCCGUGUCAAGUACGAAAAAUGGUCAUGCGGCGCCGAGUUUGACUUCCGUACUGAUCUCAUUCUAUAUCUCCACCCGCUGCACUACAACGCUAAGUUCCAUGUUCACGCUAGUCUCUGGUAUGAACUAGAUGCUUGGGUCCUUCGUAAGAAGUUCACCAAGAGCCUGGGCGCAGACCUGACUGUCAGCGGACCUCCAUUUGGUGGUGUAGUCGAGUUCAAGCUGACUGUUAUCACCAUCCGGGUCAAGUUUGGUGAACACCAGAGCAAGCCGGAUAGACUGGACUUUGGCGAUUUCAUGACAGUCGUGCUCAAGAACGCUGAGACUGACCACGUAUUCGCACUUGAAUCUGGAGCAAUGACACUCGAAAAGGUUCCAGCAGAGGCUCAAACUCCGAAAUCCUCAUGGAUAGUUCGUGGAGGAUCUCUUGCGUUCAGUAUCACUUCUCGUGUUCCCACGACAAGUAUUGAAUUCGAGGGUGCUCAAGAUCCUAAGAGACAGCUCGGUGGGCGCAUCUUUGCGCGACCUAUGCAACUUUUCAGUAGCUCCUCAGGCCUCACGGCAAACAUUAAAGCCUCGGUUCACAAGAUCAACACCAACGGCGAAGAUCUGUCAGAAGGCUUUUUCUUUGAGGUUUUGAGGGAGCAACUGCCGGCUUCAUUAUGGGGCUCAUAUGAUGGCAAUACUGAUGCCAUGCUCGGGGGCACAUCCCGCGAGAGCACCGUGACACAUGCCACAGGCCUACGAAUUGAGGCUCCAUUGUCUAAAUGGUCUACUCUCAACCCUCAAAUCAUUCUUUUCAGCGAUCUAUGGAAGAUAAAGCCUGUCACUACGCAAUUUGCUACUGACCAAGCCCGGGAUGUCGCUUUUGAUGCCGAGCCCAGACCGAACAAGGACAAUGAAGAGAGCGACUUUGCACAAGCAAGGAAAGCGCUCCUAGGAACUGACCAAAUGGCUGAGGAGGAAAAUGCUGCCAAGGCACGGAAUACACGCAGAGCAUCUAUCAUGAGCCAGUGGGCGUCUAUCCGAAAGCUCAAGGCGUCAGCCAGUCUCCGCAGUAAUGUGCCGCUGAGAUAUGCCAAGGGGUUAGUUAGUUUCUCACAUGUUGCACCGAGAAUAUCGGUAGAGUAG